CCUAAAUCUCUGUCCAAUCACAAAACGGGGGGAGGGUCGGUUUGAAACGAAAAGACGAAGGUCGUGUCAUAAAUCUGCUGCUGCAAACUUCAUUGAAUAUUUGCAUUUUUUUUGGUCCCUUUACAGAGUUUGCACCCCUCGCUGUAAACAUUUGAUAGUCUGGGGCUGGAUUAGCUUAUCUGCUGCUAGUUCUGGUUGAAGGCCCUGCUAUGGAAAUCCUCAGCACUCGUCUCAUUUCCCCCUCUCUGCUCCGUGCCGCCACCACCGGCGCUUUCCAACUCAAGGAGCCGCUGAACUACCGGCACGGAGGCCGGGUGCAGCCGGCCAAAGGGGAUGGGGACAGCAGGAUCGAGAAGGUGUAUGAACCCGCUACAGGACGUAUGAUAUGUGACUUUGUUUGCUCAAACCAGGAGGAAGUGGAUCUUGCUGUGCAAAGUGCUAAAGAAGCAUAUAGAAGCUGGAGUCGACUGUCUGGGUCAGAAAGAGGCCGCAUCUUACUUGAGGCUGCAAGACUCAUAAGAGUAAGAGGGAUAUAUCUGGCUUUCUGA